CGCCUGCUACUUUUCCAUCAUUUUUCUGCUUUAAUUUCGUGCUCUUCCUCUCUGUCUCGCCAAUUCAACGUGUUUCUCUCGUUCUCGCACAGACGAGCAGCUCGCGCUCCGUAUCUCUUUCGUUCUCCUUCCUCUGGAAUAGCCCAUUACCGUUGUGUCGGAGCUCGCUCGUCUGUCUCUCUCUCUCUCUCUCUUUCACCGGCGCGCGCGCGCGCUUUAUCUCGCCCCGCUGGAAGGGAAAAUGGUCGAUAUUUUAGCUAUAGCGGAGGCCACGGUGACGCGAGCCGCGCUCCGUACAGCUCUCUAACAGCAUACGUACGUCUGCCGAGGCCAGUGAGAGAGCGCGAGAGACAGAGCCCUCGACGUUUUAGUCUUCUCUUGGGCUCGUAGCCGAGGAAAUUUAACAGCGUGGUCUCGCAAAGAUCGGCCGAAAGUCACCACCCACGCGUGCAUACUGUCGGUCGACCCUCUCUUCUCGUCGCUGAAGCUCUCGUUUUGUUUUCCAAACGCAUUAUCGAGCCGCAAGAGAGGCUGCUGGCUUGGCGGUAAAGUGAGAAAAUUCGUGGAAACUGAUACACCCACACAGUGUGCCGAGUCGAAGGGCCAAGAGGAGAGGACUGCGAAAUUAGAGGUACGAGAUUCGGCGAUUGUGUUGCGGACGCGAACUAGCCGGAUCGUUGGAUUUUCACUUUCAAGAUGGCCGGACAGGAUCCAAAAUGGCAGAAGGACGCGUCGGAUCAAAACUUCGACUACAUGUUCAAGCUGUUGAUAAUCGGUAACUCGUCGGUCGGCAAGACAUCUUUUCUCUUCCGUUAUGCCGAUGAUUCCUUCACCUCGGCCUUCGUCUCGACUGUCGGCAUCGACUUUAAAGUGAAGACAGUCUUCAGGAACGACAAGAGGGUCAAGCUCCAAAUCUGGGACACGGCGGGCCAGGAGCGAUAUAGGACGAUCACAACGGCCUAUUAUAGAGGAGCGAUGGGCUUUAUACUAAUGUACGAUAUCACCAAUGAAGAGUCCUUCAACUCGGUUCAAGAUUGGCUUACGCAGAUCAAAACCUAUUCGUGGGACAACGCCCAAAUAAUCCUUGUGGGAAACAAGUGCGACAUGGAGGACGAAAGGGUGAUCAGUUUUGAACGGGGCAAACAACUGGCAGAACACUUAAAAGUGCAAUUCUUUGAGACUUCGGCGAAGGAGAAUACUAAUGUCAAGGCGGUAUUCGAAACUCUAGUGGAUAUAAUUUGCGACAAGAUGAGCGAAUCCCUCGACAACGAUCCAACUCUGAUGGCGGGCGGCGGUGGACAGAAUAAGGGCCAACGACUGACCGAUCAACCAACCAAUCCCACGGACACCAACUGCAAUUGCUAAAGGCCGAAGCGCGCUUGUGAACCCGAAUGAGGAGGAGUCGACGCCUUCUCGAUUGAGCUGGCUCUCUAGCUAGUCCACCCUCUUCGUCGUUCCUUCGUUCGUUCGUUCAUUCCUUAGGUUGAUUUGAAUGAAUUGUUUCUGUCGUGUUGUCAGGAGAGUGGGAAAAUCAGAGAGAAAGAGAAGUUAGUGGAAAAAGUGACGAGCCUUCGCUUUGACGGUUGCUCGAGCGCGAACGUUAGCUAAAAAUUUCAAUAUUAGGGAAAAAUCAAAUUUUUUGAUUCGUCGGAUCAACUUUGUUUCUGACUUGGCACUGGUUCAGAUCAGUUGGGCAUCGGUAGGUCAGCUGGUAACUCUCUGUGAAUUGGGCUGUUAUUCGAUGUUUGUUCUGAUUGACCAUACAGAAACAGUACUUAGUUUUAUUCACAGAUAACCAAUUUCACUACAACAAUAGUUUCUGUUACUCCGGCUAAAAUCUGCCACUCUUUGUAAGGCAAAAAAUUAAGCAAAUAAGAACUCUGGUAGGAAAUUGAGCAGUACUAGUCCGUACUGGUAUGUCACUACUUCGUCAGGAUUGGCUCGUGGCAGACAAAUACUGGUCACAAUUUCCACCAGGAAAAGUGCACCAUUUUUUGCUUGAUUGACAUUUGCUAAGAGACGUGGCAUUAACGUUUACUUAUAAUGUCAGCUCAAAAAGCAUACCAUUGUUUUUCGUUUUCUCGUCCGAUCGCAGUAAAAAAUACUACAAUAAUACGUUUUUACGUGUCUCAACGUAAUGCAACGAAAAAACAUAUAUAAGGGUUCAUCGAGUUCUGUUGCACAAACUAUGACGCAUUGCGUUUUACGGCAUCGGCAACCAGUAUUUCAAAGAUUUUCCUGGUGCAUGAUGUGUCAAUUGAUCGGAUGGCAUAGGAAUACAUCAAGAACGCUCGAGCAACCGUGAGCACCGUCAAAAAUUACAUUAUAUAGGAUUAUGUGUUGGCUGAAGUAAUAAGGGCUACUGCAGAAACGGCGCCAAGUAAAUAGAGGAUUUUUAAAAGUCGCCUUUGUCAAAACUUCGAAGUAUAUACAUUUACAUGUUACGUAUUCUAACACUCAAUUUCCAGAUGUUGGUAAGAGAAAAGCCGCGUAAUGACGAUGCAAGGAGACACACACGUAGAGUUAUAAAAUUUUCUAAUUUUUGUUUUAUGACGCAUGUUCUUCAAAUAAACCAACAAAAUACGAAGGAUUUUGCUUCACAAUGAAGGCAAAUAUUUUGCAUUGGAAAUUUUUUUUUUAGGAUCAAGACUAUAAAUCUUCUUCUGGUGGAUAAAGUUUUGAAAUAUCAAAAUCAUCCUGUAUUUCGUAGUUUAAAUAUAUCAAUAAUUAACGUGCAAAUAGUAAGUGUCGAGAAACUAUUUCAUUGCUUCAUUAACUCUACUUCUGGUCUUACUAUUGUUUUUGUGAAGAAAUGCGUAUUGUCUGUUGCUAUAAAUUGCAAAAAGUGUUGAAGUAGCUGGCGCGUAUUUUAAAGUUUGUAGUAAAAUGAAACAUUUAAGUUGGAAUGCAAUAGGCGAACUAAAUAUAAAUAAUUAUACAUAGGUUUUUAUUGAAGAGAGUAAAUCGAGCCGUACAACUGUUUUCCAUUUGAACACUUUGUAGAACACAAUUGUUAUAGAGCAAUUCAAUAUUAGUUCUAAUAAAGAUGUGAGGUAUUGACAUAUUGUAUACAGUGCUUUGUUUAUUGUGUGUAGGUAUUAAAAUAUUAAGUCAUUCAAAUUUGCAUUUGCGGAGGAAAAAACCCUGGUAGGAUGGGUGAGACAGUUAGCGAAUUGUUUUACCAGGGAAUUUUUCGCUUUACAUAUGUAUGUAUAAACUUACUUAAAAUUUAAAAGGUAUAAUCAGCACAUUGUUUCAAUUGGCUAUUAUGUAAGUGAAAAUUAGCAUUAAUUAUUUUAGUUGAUGUAACUUGAUUCUACAAAUUUGUUUUCAUUUUAAAACUGCUACAACACAUAUUACAAAAAAUUUUGAAUUUCUGCUACAGUAUAAUGAUAUGAUAUGAGUUAUAAUUAUCACAAAUUCCGGCAUAGUAUAAAUCGCGUGUUUUGCUCUUAAUUUCAGUAUUCGUUUAUUAUAUCGUCAAGACACAAAACUCAAAGCUGCCAACCAUCGCACUAAAAGCUUUUCUCAUAUAUAGAGGCUCGGUCAGAUACAUCGUCUUCUUCGUUAUACGUUUGAAGUUAUUAUAAGUUUCCAGUACUGAGUACUGGAUGACACAAAAAAUUUUUUUAUAUAAAAUUAAGACUUGAUUUCUCGCAAAUUAAAGCGUAAUUGCUGAGUUUUUUUUAUUGGCAAAUCUAAAAUAUUAAAAUUCUUUUAGAGAAAAUUCUCCUUAUAUGAACACUUCAGAAUUUGUAGUAUAAUCUACCACUCUCUACGAGGGUGUAGAGAAAUAAACGAGUCGAUAGUCAAAAAUUGUUAAUUUUUUAAUUAGCAGAUGAUAUAUAUUGCGCAAGAAUCACGUCAAUUACGACGAACGAGAAACAUCAAAGUGUGAAAUCACGGCGCUGCAUCGUGUUCGCAUUAGUACUUCAGCUAUCACGACGUUAUAACUAUUAUGACUAUAUAGGCAAGCUGCCGACUGUACAUAUACAAAAGAUAUAUAUUAUUGACUCUGUAAUGAAGUGUAAUGUACGCGUUACUCAUUCGUGUGAAUUAUAAUAAAAAAAAUUAAAUGGCAACUAUUUCACGUUUGGUGAAAUGGCAACCAAUUUAUGAAGAAAAAAAAUUAACGUAAAUAAAAAUGCGAACAAUUCGCGCCACUUUUUAAGAAUCUUACUCUUCUUAUAAUUUUUUGUUUUUGCUUUCCAUACUUUCGAGAUAUCGCUGACAUUGAAGUGCUAUGUCUAUACAUGUGCAUUAUUUUUUAAAUGGGCUUUCUUUGUAUUGACAAUUCAACGAAAUUGAAACUCUUGCGCUUUUAUAGAUAAAUAUAACAUUGUUUAAUAUCGGAUAAAUAGAAGAACUAUAUUAAUAAAUUGAUUAUGUAGAUUUUUUUCAAUCACUUGAAAAAGGUAAUAUAUUAUAUUGUUCAUAUUUUAUAAAAUAUUGUUUGUACAUAUGUGCGAGAUUCAUGUUGUGUCAUUCUAUAAAAGCGCAAAUGCACUUUGGCUUUUUGCAAGCGACAGGCGAAUAAAGUCGAAAUAUUAUAUACAUGUAUACAAACUACGUUCCGCGAAAAGUUUUCUUGAUGGACGGGCUCUUGUAUGUAUGUAUUGUAUCGUAUGUAACUAUUAUUAUGCCUAACAUUACAAAUAACAUAAAAUAAUUAUAAACAGAUAAUACAUUAUAACGAGAACCUUGUGAAGAAUGGAGAAGAAAGCAAAAAUUAUAAAACCUUGAGGAAAUGAAGUACAUGUAUAAGAUCAAAUGGCUGAAUAAAAAAAUAUUGUAGCAUUGUAACGUCGAGCGUUUGUAUGAGAGUCAUUGUAUAACUUAGCCGUGAGUAAAGUUGCGGAGUUCAUGUUCUCAGCGAUGUCAUAUGUGCAUAUACAUAAUAGAGAAAACAAAAAUUAUCUAACAAGUCUCAGAUGUAUAACACAAUUUACGUGUAUACGCGAAAUUUCAAUUAUAUAUAGUAAAUUAAUAAAAAAGAACACAAGAAAAAGUGAAUGAACAUGUCGAUGCUGAGCUGCAAUAUUCGUGAAAUGUAAUGUUAUACGAGACGUAUAACAUUAACGGAAAUGCGAGGGUCUACUUCUAAACAUAUAGUAAUGUAAAAACAAAAAAAAAAAUUAAAUGUAGUAGGCGGCGUGGUAUGGUCGUUACAUGAACGAUAUAAGAAACAAAAUGGAGUGAAACUAUGAUUUUCAAGAUGUUUUCACGGAUUAUUUAUAACACUGCUAUGGCGUUACAUGAAAAAUAUCCUUUUAAUUUAGUUUAACUUGACGACUGUUUAUCUCUAAUAUCUGUCCAAUCAUUUUCUUACGGAAAGUCUAUCUGUUUUUGAGAGCCAUGAUUUUCUUUUGUAUCUUAUCCCGAAAUACAGUUUUAUGUGAAAAAUAAUUUUAACUUUUUUUAUUUAUUCAAUUUAUAUACGUUUGUAUUAUAUGCUUGUUUGAUUAUAUAUUACAUAUAUUUCAUCAAAAUAUUAUUUUCUUUGAACAUUUAAUUAAAAAAAAAAUUUUUUUACAGCUGUUAUAUUUUAUGUUCCAAAUAUAGUUAUGUCACAUUUCGCUUAUAAAACUAUUUUUGUUAUGCAUUAUUUACAACGUUAUUGUGCAUAUCAACAUAUCAAAGUAUUAUUAGUUUUGGACUUGUUUAUUAUUAUGAGAAAGUUAUGUAUCGAUUUCACAGACUGUUUUUAAAUAAAAACUGCAAGAAUAUUUCAAUCACGUUUUUCGAAGAGGUAUUAAUUAUUCUUUGCUGUUUUUAUUUUUUAUUAAAUUAUGAAAAAUAUAGAAGUCUUUGUUUAUACAUUUCACGACUUAUUUUUGUAUUAAAGAGUCAGCUAACAACAAAAUGUUACAAUACAAUGUGUAAAGUAGAGCACGAAAAAUUUGCGUGGCAACUUAAAUGAAUGUACUUUCUGUAUCUUAAAACGACAACGUUUGUUGUGCCCAGCGCAAUAAUUUAAAAGGUAAACCGUAAUAGUAAACACAAUUUACGUCGUUUAAGUUGCAUCGCAAUUCGUAUUAUCGAAAACAAAAAUACAACUUAAGUCAUAAUUUUCGUAUCAUAAAAUACCGUACAAUACUAGGGGGUAAAGGGAUUUCACCCUCGUGGGGACGUUAUCGCCCGAGCGAAGCGAGGGUGAAACUACUUUACCGCACUAAUGUCGUAAUAUACUAAAUUGACUUAAUUCGUUAAAUAGUAGAUUUAAUUUGUUAAUUGAGAUAUAAUAGCCGGAGGUUAAAGCACUGUUUUUGAAUGGUUAUUUUGUUUCCUCCUAGAGGAAGCUUUUUAAUAAUAAAAUUUUCAGUUUUGCUAAAACUAUAAAAACGUAUUUGGAGGUUUUUGGAGUUCGAAUCAUACAUUUUUAGAAAAUGUCCGUGCGGAUGGCUCUGUGUGUGUGUUUUUUUUUUGUUUCUCUUUCGGAGAAAGAGGUAUUAGGGAAAAUCUUAGAAAGACUAUAGCAUGACCUUAUUUAUGGGGUCGUCGACACAGCCCCAUGCCCAAUUUCAGCCGUGUGUCGAAUUCACACCGACUAAACCCAUCCCUCUUACGGCCAGGUAAAAAAACAUCCAGUCGUAAAAAGGAACGCCCUCUUUGCCUUUAUCGACCCUCGGUAAAGGUGCCUAGCUCCAUCUUCUAUGCCCCUGAACCCCGCGGUACCACCGCCAAGCAAUGCUUUACGGAGGGGGGGGGGGGCGAAAGGCUUUUGCUCGCUUCUGGUUGAUUUGGUCGUCAUCACUACAAUUAUCCUUCAUUUUCUGCGUCGCACACACAUACUCAACCUCUGCCUUCUUCGUCUUUUCUGACUUUCUUGAGAAUGUGUGCUGCAUAGUUGCUGACUGCGCACCAUCGAUCCUCUGAAGUCAGCAUGGCCGUCAUAAUCGAUUUAGGAGUUACUCUAAUCUGAAGAUAACUCUUCUUUUCGCUCCUGAUGAUAUCGUGAGCACUCGAAGAAGACAUCCUCUGUUGCAUCCGAACAUAUUGGGCAGUCGUCUAGUUUGAACUGAUGCAGGUACGUCUGGAAACAUUCGUUCCCGAUCAAAAACUGCGUGAAGUAGUAGUUAACUUCUCCAUGUCUUCUUCCAAUAUAGUCUUCUAUCCUUGGUAUAAGGUGCUGAGUCCAUCGCCACUUUCCACUAGCGUCCCAUCUUGUUUGCCAUUCAGCCAUCGUCUUCUUUCUUGCGGCAUCCCAGAUCUCCUUCUGGCUUUUGUCAUUCGAUCGUCUCCUAUACAUUAAGCGAACGCCACUCUUCGUGCACUUCGCCUAUACACGGUAGUCAACUUUCGUGCAUACGAUUUUACCCGCAUCGCAUCUGCCCAUAUUGGGACUUCGUAUAGCAUAAUCGAUGUGGUUACACUGGCUAAGAAUAACCUUCGCUUCUGAGUUGGCCCUCCUACAUAUCGUCUCUCCGUACGAAAACUAGCACAGUUCAAAUUUUCAAACGAAAACUAGCACAACUUAUGAUUUGCCGCGAAGAGUAGCAGAGUUCAGAAAUUAGAAAUAAAAUGUAUAUAUAAUAAAAAGACGUAUUCGGUGCAUAGUAUUAAUCAAAAUGAGUCCAACUUUGCUACUCGGGGGUUUAUGGGGUCGCUGAACACAAAUAUCGCGACGGCAACAGCCUCUGAGGUACCUGGUGACCAGGGUGGACAAUAUGAAUGUGGUCUCCUAGAGAUUUAUGAGAAUUUGUAACGCAAUUAGUCGAAACUCGUUACUCGGAGGUUUUUGGGGUUGCUGAACACGAAUAUUGCGACCGCAACGGCCUCCUAGGUACCUGGUGCCCAGGGUGGACAGUAUCAACGUCGUCUCCAAGAGUUUCAUAGAAAUUUGUAACAUAAUUAGUCGAAACUCGAUAGUCAAGGGUUUCGGGGGUCACUUAUCACUCUGUAGUUAAUGAGGUAUGUGUGGAUACUGGUUUUAUUUUAAAGAUAUAAUAAACUUGACUUUGUUUGAUUGA